UGAUCUUCCUCCUGCUCCUGUGUCUGCUCCUGCUGCUCCUUCACGCUAGGUUAUAGUCUGGAGUCGGUUCGACGGUUUCAAACACGAGGGUUUGAAAGGGAAAGAGAUGAACAGUGAAAACUUCACCCUGAGUGAGAAGAUAGUGUCACCCUCCUACAUUCGACAGGGGUCUCAGGCGCGUCGUAGCCAUGAGCAGCUCAUCAGACACUUACUGGAGCAGGGUAAGUGUCCGGAGGAAGGGUGGAGUGAGAGCACCAUAGAGCUCUUCCUGAAUGAACUGGCUGUGAUGGACAGCAAUAACUUCCUCGGCAACUGUGGAGUGGGGGAGAGGGAAGGCCGGGUGGCAUCCAGCCUUGUGGCAAGACGACAUUACAGGUUGAUCCAUGGCAUAGGUCGAUCAGGUGACAUUGCUGCUAUUCAGCCCAAAGCCGCAGGAUCCAGUCUGUUAAACAAGCUGACCAACUCAGUCGUCUUGGACAUCUUAAAGCUAGCAGGUGUGCGGAGUGUGGCAAGCUGCUUUGUAGUUCCCAUGGCAACAGGAAUGAGCUUGACUCUGUGCUUCCUGACCCUUCGUCAUCGGAGGCCCAAGGCUCGCUACAUCAUUUGGCCUCGCAUCGACCAGAAGUCCUGUUUCAAAGCCAUGAUCACAGCAGGCUUUGAACCGGUGGUGGUGGAGAACGUCCUUGAAGGCGACGAGCUGCGGACGGACUUGGAAGCAGUCGAGCGCAAGAUGGAGGAGCUCGGAGCCGAGAACAUCCUGUGUGUUCAUUCAACAACUUCCUGCUUUGCCCCGCGAGUCCCUGACAGGCUGGAGGAGCUGGCCACUCUAUGUGCCAAAUAUAACAUUCCCCACAUAGUAAACAAUGCAUACGGCGUUCAGUCGUCCAAAUGCAUGCACCUUAUACAGCAGGGGGCUCGUGUCGGAAGAAUCGAUGCCUUUGUACAGAGCUUGGACAAGAACUUUAUGGUUCCAGUAGGUGGCGCCAUAAUCGCAGGUUUUGAUGAGUCCUUCAUACAGGAGAUAAGCAAGAUGUACCCAGGUCGAGCAUCGGCCUCACCCUCCCUUGAUGUCCUUAUCACCCUUCUCACUCUGGGAGCCAGCGGCUAUAAGAAACUCCUGUCAGAAAGAAAGGAGAUUUAUUUAUUCCUCGCUCAGGAGUUGAAGAGUCUGGCCUCUGCACACGGGGAGAGAUUGCUUCACACCCCACAUAACCCCAUUUCACUGGCCAUGUCUCUGGAUGGUCUCCAGGCUGAGAGCGACAAGGCAGUGACUCAGCUGGGCUCCAUGUUGUUCACCCGGCAAGUGUCUGGAGCCAGGGUAAUACCGCUGGGCAAGGAGCAGACCAUAAGCGGACACACGUUCCGCGGCUUUAUGUCACACUCGGAGGCAUACCCCAGCCCCUACCUCAAUGCUGCCUCAGCUGUGGGCAUCACUCGGGAAGACGUUACACUGUGCAUCAAACGGCUUGACAAGUGCCUGAAGACUCUGAAGAAGGAGUUAAAUGUGGCUAAAAGUAGUUCCCCAGCGCCUCCGUCGAGCCAGGAGGACACCGCAGGAGAAUGAUACAACUAAAAUAAGAACAUUUCAACAGCCAAAAGUACACAAAGUGAUUUCUACUUCCCUCUGCUGCCUGCGCUUACGUCUUCUGAUUCGAAGUGUGUGUGUGUGUGUGUGUGUGUGUGUGUGUGUGUGUGUGUGUGUGUGUGUGUGUGUGUAAAAUAAGGUCAGAGACACAAGCUCACCUCCAACAGCUUCCGAUGAAAUGGUGUGCAGGUGUUUGUUUCAGACAAAAAAGACGCUGAUGUCACUGAUUAAUUCCCUCCUCUAUGAAGGUUUGCUAAUUAGUAGAAAUGACAUACUCUGCACACAAAUGCAUCUCGGGAGCACAUGGUUAUAUGCCACUGAUCUAAAGUUAGACCAAAUGCUUUAAUUUAUUAUGGAUUUUGGACUCAAAAUAGAUUAUGUAUCUCUCAUUUAAGAUGGUCUUUACUGUGCAUCGUGUCUUAAUUAAAGUCAUCUAAAACCUC